UACCCCGCUUUCUGGAAUACCACUCAGGAUGCGUUCCUUACUUUAACAAUAUCAAUGUUGGCUAGGACACCUGUUACCAGCCACACCAUGAGACCACAGGUCAUAUUGCCGUCAUAAUAUGGCGACGGCUACGUCAAGGACAAGAGGCAGAUUCUCUCCCAGUAGUGGGAUUGGUGGAAGCCCAGAGAGGUUCAGUUUCUGCUGUGACGCAACACACUUAACUCACAGCCGACUGCAAGCAGCUGCUUCGUUGUGUCACUCAAUCACAUAUUCUCUAAUUUCGGUUUGAUUUCAAACGGUCGUGGAAUCUUAACUUGAAGAAAUCAACUUGGUGCUAAAGACAAGCUGUUUCCCCAGUCAUAAUGUCACAAAACUUUUAGAGUUGCACGCUGCCACUCACGCAUACAAACAUUGCUUCAUAUCAACCAAGCUAACGUUAGCAAGUUGGCGGAGUUCAGGCCACAUCGAACAGGGAAACUGAACUGGACCACAAAGCUUGCAGGUUACUUGCAGUGGAUCAUAUAGCUAAUACAUACUCUGCUGUAAGCGGGGCAGACAAUGUUACGACUCAUUAGACCGCAGGGCCGGAGCCUGAGGGGCUGCUUUUGUAGCCAGAAACGUUUCCAUCACCAUAAGAGUGUGAUUGCCAUCCGCCGAGAGGACAUCAAUGUAUGGGAGCGGCGGGCACCCCUUGCCCCACGACACGUGAAGGAGAUCACUGCUGCUGGCCACAAGGUUCUUGUGCAGCCCUCCAACAGACGAGCCAUCCAUGAGAAAUACUAUGAGAAGGCUGGAGCCGUCAUCCAGGAGGACAUCUCCGAGGCAUCCCUCAUUAUUGGGGUUAAGAGACCACCGGAGGAGAAGGUUUACCCUCAUAAGACGUACGCUUUCUUCUCUCAUACCAUCAAAGCACAGGAGGCAAACAUGGGCCUUCUUGACGACCUGCUCAAAAAGGAGAUCCGUCUGAUUGACUAUGAGAAGAUGGUGGAUGACAACGGCUUCCGUAUUGUUGCCUUUGGCCAGUGGGCAGGUGUAGCAGGUAUGAUUAACAUCCUCCACGGCCUGGGGCUGCGCUUCCUUGCCUUGGGACAUCAUACUCCUUUUAUGCACAUUGGGAUGGCACACAACUACCGAAAUGUCAGUCAGGCCAUCCAGGCAGUGAGAGAUUGUGGCUAUGAGAUAUCUCUUGGCCUCAUGCCCAAGUCCAUUGGCCCGCUGACAUUUGUGUUUACUGGAACAGGCAAUGUCUCCAAGGGUGCCCAAGAAAUCAUUAAUGAGCUUCCCUGUGAAUUUGUGGAGCCCCAUGAACUGAAGGAGGUCUCCAUAUCAGGAGACAUGACCAAAGUCUAUGCCACUGUUCUCAGUCGACACCAUCACCUGAUUAGGAAAAGCGAUGGAGUUUAUGACCCGCUGGAAUAUGAACAUCACCCUGAGCUCUACACCUCCCACUUCAGAGUCAGCGUGGCCCCCUACACCACGUGUCUGAUCAACGGGAUCUACUGGGACCCCCAAACCCCCCGGCUGCUCCGGCGGCUGGAUGCCCAGAAGCUCAUACGGCCCAUCAAGCGCACAGUCGCUGCAGUGGACGGCUCGCCUCAGCUGCCCCACAAGCUGCUGGCCAUCUGUGACAUCUCCGCAGACACCGGCGGCUCCAUUGAGUUCAUGACAGAGUGCACCACCAUUGAUAAGCCAUUCUCUAUUUAUGAUGCAGACCAGCAUAUAGACCACGACAGCGUCGAAGGGCAUGGCUUCCUCAUGUGCUCCAUUGAUAACUUGCCUGCCCAACUGCCCAUCGAGGCCACAGAGUACUUUGGAGACAGAUUGUUCCCCUACAUCUGGGAGAUGCUCCCCUCCGACGCAAGAAGACCACUUGACGAAGAGGACUUUUCCCCACAAGUCAGAGACGCGGUGAUAACAUCUAACGGAAAGCUAGCUCCAAAGUUUGAAUACAUUGAGAAACUUAGGGAAAAAAGUUUGCUUAACAGGGAAUCGGAGCAGAUCCUGAAAAAAGGCGGAAUGAAGCGUGUUCUGUUGCUUGGGUCAGGAUAUGUGUCCGGCCCGGUCAUCGAGUACCUGACCCGCCAGACUGGCACUCAGGUCACCGUAGCCUCUGCGCUGCUGAGCCAGGCUGAGGAGCUGGCCAGUAAAUACCCCAGCACCAUCCCCGUCAUGCUGGACGUGACCAGCCAGGAGGGCCACCUGGAGUCCCUCAUCAAAGACCACGACCUAGUCAUCAGUAUGCUGCCGUACGGGUUUCACCCAUUGGUGGCAAAGCAUUGCAUCAAAAAGAAGGUGAACCUGGUCACAGCCAGCUACCUGAGCCCCGCCAUGAAGGAGCUGCAGAAGAGUGCGGAGGAGGCUGGCAUCACCAUAGUGAAUGAGAUGGGGUUGGACCCUGGCAUUGAUCACAUGUUGGCCAUGGAGUGCAUCGACCAGGCCAAGGCAGACGGAGCCACUGUGGAGUUCUACACCUCUUUCUGCGGGGGUCUCCCAGCCCCAGAGUGCUCAGACAACCCUCUGCGCUACAAGUUCAGCUGGAGUCCCUACGGGGUUCUGCUCAACACCAUCAGCCCCGCUGUCUUCCUCAAGGACAACCAGGUCAUCAGUGUGCCUGCAGGGGGUGCUCUGCUGGAGUCUACCAAACCUAUGGACUUCUUGCCAGGCUUCAACUUGGAGGGUUUCCCCAACCGUGACAGCACCACAUACGCAGGGCCCUACGGCAUCGAAUCUGCCCACACACUGAUCAGGGGAACACUGCGCUUCAAGGGCUUCUCGCGUGCCAUGAGUGGUUUCGUGAAGCUGGGCCUGAUCAACACUGAGCCGUGUCCUGUGCUGCACCCCACAGCGGUCCCAGUGUCCUGGAAAGAUUUGCUGUGCCAGCAGGUUGGCCUGCCCUCGUCUAUUGACCACGAUGCCUUUCAAGAGGCCGUGUUUGAGCGCAUUGACAAGGACGACUUCCGCAUGGAGAUGCUGAAAGAGUUUGGAAUGCUCAGUGAGGAACCAGUCCCCCAUGCAGACAGCAUCCUAGGAGCGGUGGCCAAGCAUCUGGAGGCCCGGCUGGGCUUUGACAAAGGUGAGCGAGACAUGAUCAUCAUGAGGAACGACGUGGGCAUCAGGCACUCGUCAGGAGAGCUGGAGACCAAGCACAUCAGCCUGGUCGUGUACGGGGAGCCCGACGGCUUCUCUGCCAUGGCCAAAACCGUGGGCUAUCCUGCCGCCAUUGCUGCUCACAUGGUCCUCAAUGGGGAAAUCACAACCAAGGGGCUGGUGGUGCCGAUGACCAAGGAAGUAUACGGCCCCGUUCUCACUAGACUGAAGGAAGAAGGCCUCCAUUUCACCACUAAAAGCACCCUGUCGGAGUAGCCCUGUGUGAAGCCCCUCUCAUCAGCACGCAUGCCUGGAUCAGAGAGAGAGAGAGAGAGAGAGAGAGAGACACACACCCCACACCCUGUAUAUUGUUCCAUUCACAGCACAGACAAAAAAAACAACAGAAAUCAGCCUCAUCACCCAAGGGACCCCCUUUUCAAGCGGCCUUCUAAGAGAUUUCCCAAACACAGACGUAGACACAGACGUAGAGACAGAGACCACAGCCACCUUGUAGAUCACAAGUGGGAGAGACGGAGGAUGGGAGAGCAUACAUAUGGAGGCUGAGGGAUGGCAAGCCUAAGAGAAUGAGGGUCAGUCAAAUGAGGGGAUCCAACCAGGAGACGUCAUUCAUUUAACCUUUUAUUGCAAUACGUUUCCAGUGAUGAACACAAAUCAGCCAUCAACAAAGGAAGGAAUGUUUAAGCCUUUGGAGUCACACAGCCAGGCACUACUUGGCCGUUAAAAUCGAGAGCGACAUGUAUCAGGUAUUAUUGGUUAAGUAGACAUUCAAUAGAAUUUACAGUGGUGGUCCUCUUAUAGUAGAAAAGCAGAUCUGACUAAACCUAAGCCAACAACAUGUCAAGACCCUGUUAGUCAGGCCUUUCAGUUUGACAGACUGUUCCUCUUCUCCCCAAUAGUUCAGCCUCUAUUGCUCAGAAGUGCCUGUAGCUUUUUGUUUCAUUUUGUUGGAGAAAUUGGCUAAGUUCUCCAAACUAUUUUGAAGGUCAAAAAACUCAAGCUUGAAUCAGUAGGAUAAAAAGAAAAUUGUAACUUUAUUUGAAUUUACAGUUAAAAUGAAUUUCAAGCAUUUGAAACAUUUAACAAUGUCUGGGUUUGGGUGAAAUGUAGAAUGGUCUUUCGCUGUGGUGAUGAAUAGAAUGACAUAACCAGCCUUGUUAAACCUUUAGAUUUUUCUAAGCACUUUAUGCAACAAUGAAAUGGUUAUCACCAGCCAACAAAUACAUACACAGGCAUUCAAUACUGUCAGCAUCCUAUCUCUUAUGGGAGGAAAAACUCAAGAACACGACAGCCUUUCAGUAAAUCAAUAAGGCAUGAACAGUGAAAAUAACACUGGAAAUUACAAAUCAGUCAAGCAUGGCUUGUAGGGGCAAUGAAUGAGUUUAGAUGAAACUAAAUCAUAGUGGGCCCCAUAAAACUGAAAGGACAGAUGAACCCAUCGUUACCAAAUGACCCAUGAGCCAGAGGUCUUCUCCAUCGCACUGAAAGUUCCCUGCACAAGGCCCCUGUGACCAUCUGGCAUUAUGUUAAUUAAUGCAACAAGUACAAUAAUCCCUCGUCCUACUACUGCUGUUAUUCAAGGUAUUGACUAUUGAUCAUUUGCGAUCUACGUGUUGUUAAGUGAAAUUUACAAAUAAAAUAUUUAUAUUUGGUUAUUUGUCAAACAUCAUA